UUAAGCUGCUACGCUACACUGUUUUGGCGUUUACCGACAAGGAGCUGAUUGUUUUACAGAGAGUACGAAGGAUUUGGUACUCGAUCUUUUUUCUUAGGUACUGGCGUACAUGGUUGAUUGAGAAUGAUCUACGAGUGGACGAAUUUUACGUGACGAGAAAUGCUCUUUUUUUGUAUCGAACUUAACGGGCAUGAGCUGUUGCAGAAUAUAAGAUUUUGCCGGGAUAAUGAAUGUCCACACGCUUUUUUACCUACGUUGUUCAAUAGUCAGUGGAAUGAAAAUUUCUUUAGAAAAAUGAGGUCCAUGAGCUCUACGUUUUCAACUGUAGUAAAUUUUUCAGUGCGAGAUUUCAUGCAUCGCAUCAAGCGAGCAGAAUUUUUAGUAGAUUCAGAAUCUGUUUUGGAGAAAUUUACCGACAAAGGCCUUACGAAACAACGAGAUAUGUAUGUGCCCAAAACGAUGCCAUCCGAUAUUGAAAUCAGCCAGGUGAUAAAUGUGGCCAGGAAGGAAGCCAUUUCCGAUCUCGCCUCGGUAGGGAUCAAAUGUGCGCCAACAUCAAGCUGUUCGAUUCUACCAUCAGAAUUGUUUGCUGCACCCCAAUUUUCCACCGAGAGUACGGAGACUGGCGAUGACGCUGAUGACGAUGAUAUCGUUGAAAUAAAAGAGUUGUUCCCAAACUUUCAUCAAGAUCUUGAUUUGAAAGAUUGCACCAACGAAUUUAGCAAGUCUACUUCAAAACUUGGCUUUGUCCAUGUAAGAAAGCUCGAUGGUUCCGUCAUUGUUGUGAAGGUCAGCACACUAGUCUGGAUAUUCCGGAAACAACCAACGCGUUUGAGCUCGGAUCGAUUAAAACGCUUUAUUCGCAUCCAAGAUAGCCAGUGUCAAGUGCCAUCUGAAGUCGACGACGCUGCAAUCCCUGGCAUUUUUAACACACUGUCCAUCGGAGAUUGGUGUGUGUUUAACCUCAAAACUGGGGAGAUGCGAGUGGCUCAAGUUUUGUGUUUUCAGCGUAAAACUUCAAACGGUCGGUAUAAACCAUUUCGAUUAGAUACAGCACCUGUUCAAAACGACAAAGUUGAAGAUGUGAUUGUUGUGCAUGGAAGUUUUUACAAGUUUGGAUCAGAUAGCAACCUAAAGAGAGUAAAUUUCAAGCACCCGUUACAUAUCCAUCGCUAUUCCGGUCAUAUAAAUCCUCCUAACAAAAUUGGAGACCAUCUGACAUUAGAUGAAUCUUCUGGAAGAUUCAUCAACGAAUUAUCUAAAGUUUGAGGUUAAGUUAACUGUUUUUGUUACGUAUUUUUAAGUGUUGUGAUGCCUAAAACUGUUAAUAAAUAUGUUAAACAUAUAAAAAUCUAGAAUAACCCAAAUUGAAACGUAAAAAAACACACGGACUGACAUUGACCUUGAUAAUUAUGUCUACAAUUCUCAAUUAUGCACGAAGAGAGUUUGAGUGCGAGCUUCGUCGGAGGAUGACAAGAUCAAAUCUGCGCGUCCUCUGGUGGAAAAAACAGUGAAAACAGAAGAAAAAGCCGACGGGUUGGUCGGGCUUCCGGGAGUUAGUUUGAGUGCGAGCUUCGUCCAAGGAUGACAAGAUCAAAUCUGUGCGUCCAAUGGUGGAAAUAAAAUCAGUGAAAAAAGAGGAAAAAGCUGACGAGUUUAUCGGGCUUCGAGGAAUUAGUUUGUGUGUGAGCCUCGUCGGAGGAUGCCAGGAGCAAACCUUCGUGUCCUCUGACAGAAAAAAAACAGUAAAGAAAGAAGAAAAAGUUUUACCAAUGUGUCAUUACCAAUGUUUCAAUAUUUGGUCCGGGUACUUAGCCGAAUGGUUAAGCGAUCUGCCUUUCAAGCAGACGAUCAGGGAUCGAAUGCCACCCGGUAACCUCGCCACUGAUUUUUCGGUGGCAACUUGAACCCCCUGCUCCCGCUGGGAGCAACAGAUACACGGUAAUUAAUUACCACACACACACAUGCCGCUCCCCCACUACAACAACUAGCGGUGGGUGAGCGAGGAAUGGACGGGAAGAUGACCAACCAACCACACCGCAACGCGUUAAAGAAGGAAGGAAGACUCUUCCAACAAGACCCCCAGGAGAUCAUCCUCAUCCAUCAAGACGAAGAACAAUAGAUCUCGGAUCUAUAAAUAGACGCACGGCUCCGUGAUGGCAAGGCCGAUUGAGCCAGUUAGGGUAUAGGUUAAGAUAGAAGACAAAAGAAUAAAAAAAA